GUAAAGGGGAAAGGGGUGCACAAGAGCACGUGGUCUCUGAUGCCCCUCCCUCUUAGUUAUUAAACUACUGUUACUUCCCACUGAUACCGUUGAGUCCCCAACCUCCCUCCCAGCUGUAGAUAGCUGUCCCAAUCCCCUCCCCCCAUGUGACCCCACCUUGCAUCAAGUGAGAGAGAGAGGAGAGAGAGAGAGAGAGAGAGAGAGAGUGUGUGUGUGUGUGUGUGUGUGUGUGUUGCUGAUGAUGUUCUUGUGGCUAUAGAUAUAGAUAGAUGCAAUCUCAUUAGUGUGUAUUUAUAACUUGUUCUGUUGUGUAGACUGUAGUUUUGGUCUGUUUUCAGCUUUGCUCCUCUGUUCAUUUCUCUCUACUUAUUAUACAAAUACAUUGUGUUAGAAUUGCUUAGCUGAGUGGGGGGAAAAGAAAUGGCACAAUUGCCUCCAAAAGUGCCCAACAUGACACCAAACUGGGCUGACUUCCCCCACCAAAGGAUGUCCUCCCUGGAAAACCUGCCACCGCCCAGCACCGCCGCCGCCCAAAACAUCUCGUGGAUCGACGAGUUCCACGACUUCUCGACGGCGAAGCGCGGGUCCCACCGCCGGUCCAUAAGCGACUCGAUCGCCUUCAUCGAGCCGCCGAUGGUGGAGGAGUGCAGGAGGUCGUCUGCCGCCAGGGCCGGCGGCCACAACAACAGCAUGGCCGAGUUCGACCGGUUCGACGACGAGCAGCUCAUGUCGAUGUUCGCCGACGAGAUCGCGGUGGGACCCGCCAUGUCGCUGUCGAACGCGUCGUCGCGGUCCGACCACAACAGCAACAACGACGACAAGCAGGCGGCGCCGCUCGACCAGCACCAGCUGCUGGUGAAGAGCGAGGCCGACGAGGUGCAGAGCUCGUGCAAAUCGGAGGCGCAGGGCGCGGAGAAUUCAAAUGAGAGGAUCAAUAUUGAUCCAAAGAGGGUAAAGAGAAUUUUGGCCAACAGGCAAUCCGCGCAGAGGUCACGGGUGAGGAAGUUACAAUAUAUAUCCGAGCUCGAACGCAGCGUAACCUCACUCCAAGCUGAAGUAUCAGUUCUGUCGCCAAGGGUUGCAUUUUUGGAUCACCAACGCUUAAUUCUGAACGUGGAUAAUAGUGCUCUAAAGCAAAGGAUCGCAGCUCUCGCUCAAGACAAGAUUUUCAAAGAUGCUCAUCAAGAAGCGCUGAGGAGGGAAAUAGAGAGGUUGAGGAAGGUGUAUCAGCAACAAAAUCUCAAAGGGGUAGAAAAUGGUGCUCCACCGCCGUCGUCGUCCGAAGCCAACAAUGGUUCCAUGGAGAAAGAACAACUUGCCAACUGAAAGAGAGAACGCAGGGGCACAUCACUCUCCUUUCAGUGACUUACUGAUCUCCCAGUAUAGCGAAGUGAUCCAUGACUUAUUGAGAACCAAAUUCUAUUCUUGGCCUAAAAAAUGUUGGGCAAAUUCUAUUAAACAUUGGCCAAAAUUAAUUUUCCCCUCUUCUUUUUUCUAAUGACUUGAAGAACUUCUCUUCAUUUUCAACUCAAAUCUUGGCUUUGUGGAUUAUUUUUUUUCAUUUUUGAAUGUUUUAUUGACAAAACCCAUAAAUUGGUAAAUCUCCACCAAUAAAGCAUUUGAUCAUCAGAAACCUUUUCUAGUCACAUUACUGGGAGGAACAAAAGUUCACUGGAGGAGAGUGAAGAAACCCAAUGAAGUGGCAAUGAGGAUCUGCACAAAACCAAUUUCUUUUUCAAAAAUCUUUGUAGUUAUUUAAAAAAAAAAAAAAACCUUUCCUGUUUUUAUUUCAACUGAAGAAACUGAACAGAUCUACCAAUAGUGAUGGUGCUAUGUCCCUGUUAUCCAACCUGUCCCAUUUCACAUGAUGGUGGUUGCCCUGUUGGUGGGGCCGUGGGGGCUCAGAGAUGAUCACAUGGUGGGGAGCCACAGAAAACAUAAAAAAGCAGUCACUAGGAUUAGUGGGGAUUUGUUUUGUAUAGUAAAAUGUUGGUCCAAAAAUUUCUACUGAUUGGGGGAGUUUUUUUUUUUUUUCUCAGUACUGAUUGGGGGAGUUUGUGAGGAGGUAUUUGUGGUCAAAAUAGUUGGAUUUUGUGUUUUGGGAUGUAGUAUGAAAGAAGGGGCUUGUCAGGGAGUUGUUGGUGUCAGGUUAUUGUGCAGAUUAUUUUAGUGUCUCUCUUGUCUUUGAUUUUUUCAUUUUUGGUGUUAUAUUUGUUGAUUUUAUUUUAGAAAGUAAUGAAAAAAAAGUGUAAAUCUAAAA